AUGCAGGGGCUCGCUGGGCCCCCGACAUCCGGGUACCCUCCCACACGGGAGGUUAUCGAUCUGACCUUGGACGAUACGGAUGUCAUGGAUCUGGAUGAAGUGAUUCCAUUUCCUGACCCAACGCCUGAACGUUCAAAACAAGAACAGAACGGGCUAUCGCCUCUCGUGAAGAAAGAACCCCAAAGUGAUCGCCGUACAUUCGUCUCGACCUUGGCGCACCGCGCGCAAUCUUUGAGUCCUCAAAAGCAGAAACGGAAUGCUCUUGAGCAAGCAGGAUUCAAUGUCUCUAAAAAUUUGGAUUCAUCCUCGGUGGUCUAUCAUCACAGUCCCUACGAUAGCGGAGACAACGAGCGCUCCUAUCGUGUCGUGUCUACGACGAUCCCCCAGAAACGCAAAAGCCAAAGCACUGAGGCAUCAGACUUGGGCAACAUCACCAAUAAAAAUUCAUCCUUUCGACUGCUUCAACCAAAUGGCGUCGGCUCUUCGGGCGAGGGCCCAUCUAGGCCGUCCGAGAAGGCGCUCGGCAAAAGGCCUAUGGUUGUUCCCCGAACUCCCAGCCUGCAGCCUCAAUUGCCGCCUCAGAAUUCUGUGAGCGUGGUGAUUCCUUCUCCUUCUGCUGCUCAAAAAGAGAAGAUAAAAGCAGCCUUGAAGCCGGAGUUCCUUGGCCUUGACGAACGGUAUUUUCCGGUUGGACAGGAAGAGAAAGCCAAAGCUAAGCGGCGUGCGUACCCAAUGGCGAAGACGACCACUCCCGCUGUCAAUAAGAAGGUGGUUUCAUUCGCUGUUGCAAAGCCUACUGCGAAGGAGCCUGGGCUUAAGAAGCCCAGUGCUUCUCUUUCUCUGCGAAGGAGCGUCUUCUCAAACGCAUCUUUAUCUAAUUCAGUCACUGCUGAGACGGCAACUCAAGCUUCUACCGCGAAGUUUCUGAGGAAGAAGCUUCGCAAGAAGCUGAAGCGCAUCCCUGGCGGUCCUGAGAUGGAGUUCGAUAUUGAUGAUGAGAAGUUGGCCGCCUUGUCCGCCAACUUUUCCUUUGUGGGUGAUUAUCGACUAGGACCCGGUGUGACGCCAGUCGAUAACGCUUUUCUGACCGGCUGCGACUGCGGCAGCGUUUGUGAUCCCAAUUCCUGCCAUUGUCUCAUCCAGGAAGAGGAAUCGGAUAGAUUCAUCGUGGCAUAUGAAAGAUUGCCGUCUGGAAAAGUUGUUGUACGACAGGACUUUCUCAAUCGCAAGGCGAUGAUCUCAGAGUGCAGUGGCCGAUGUCAGUGCGCUAGGAACGACUGCUGGAAUCACGUCGUCCAGCGCGGCCGUCAGAUAUGCCUAGAAGUCUUCGACACGGGCGAGCGAGGACUCGGCCUACGGUGUCCUCAGCCAUUGAUCACGGGGCAAUUCAUUGACUGCUAUUUCGGAGAGGUCAUCACACAGAACGAUGCCGAUGCUCGCGAAUCCGCGAACGAGGGUAAACCCUCAUACCUAUUCAACCUUGACUGGUUGAUUGGCAACGGUCCACACGCCUAUGAGGACGGGUACGUCAUUGAUGGACAGAAGUUCGGCGCGGCAACACGCUUUAUCAAUCAUUCUUGCAAUCCCAAUUGCAAGAUUAUUCCUGUCUCGGUCAACAACCUAUCCGAUGACCGUCUUUACUAUCUGGCGUUUUUCGCCAUCCGUGAUAUCCCUGCCAACACAGAACUCACCUUCGACUACCACCCUAAUUGGGACGGAUCAAAGAAAGUCGAUCCCAACGCAGUCAAGUGUCUCUGCGGCGAGGAGAACUGCCGCGGCCAACUGUGGCCUAAUUCCCGAAAGAAAAAAAGGCAGUAG